AGUCAGUGUUAAUAAUGGCGUCGUGGAGAGUAGGUGACUCUCAGGAUCAUAAUGAAGGAAUAAAGCGAGAGAUGCGCCUGGGCAGUGGCCUGGCUGGCAUCUUGGCCUCCAUAUCCGGUGGGGUUCCUAAAAAGCAAGAAUUUAAGAAACCGAUACCUAAGAAAGCUAAAGUGCCACAACAAAACCUCGGAUUUGACUUGGCCUCUAUAAAAGCUUUGUCAUCGUGGGGGGACAUCAGUGCAGUCACUAGUAGUAAUUUUCCUGUGACCACUGACAAUGAAGAUAAUGGUCACACUGCAGGCAAAUGUUUUGAAGAGAAGAAAAUUGAUAACACCAUUAACUACGAUGCUGAAGUGCCACAACAAAACCUUGGAUUGGACUUGGACUCUGUAAAAGCUUUGUCAUCCUGGGGCGACAUCAGUGCAGUCACUAGUGGUAAUUUUCCUGUGACCACUGAUAAUGAAGAUAAUGGUCACACUGCAGGCAAAUGUUUGGAAAAGAAGAAAAUUGAUAACACCAUUAACUACGAUGAAUUUGAAAUCAUCGAUUUAUGUGAUAAUGAAGCUGCAAACCCAUUAGAAGCAACUAACCAACAGUGGAGUGAUCAAGGGAAUACAGGAAACAGUGUCUCAGCGGGAGUGAAACGUGAUGCACCUCGAGGAGAUUCCAAAGACAAUAAAAAAUACAAGCAGGACCAAGAUGGUGAUCAUGUUAAAGAAGUGGAUAGUAGGGCCAACAAAAGAAAAAAUUUCCAUAACACAGAGCAGAAACAGCAGCAAGAAAACAAAGUGUGUGAUAAAAAAUCACCAGUUAAACUUGAUGACUUGGACUUUCCACAAGAAUUCACGGAUUGGACUGACAUUCUUCAGUUCAAUGACGACCAUGAUAAAAAUUGGUGUAAUAAAGAAAAAGAGAGAUUAGCUAAACUGUAUGGUGAAAACAUCAUCACAGUAAAGUACAUUAGCAAUCAGCCUGGAAAGUUGGGUUACUACUGUGAGAUUUGCUCUUCAGAAAUGCAUUCAGAAACAUCAUUGGAAUUGCACUGCAGUGGUAUGAAGCAUUUCAAGAAAAAGAUGGUUAUGGAGAACCUUAAAAAAUCCCCUCUGGAUGAAAUAAAAAGUCAAGAUAGUAAACCUGGAAAGCAGGAGGACACCUCUAGCAGUAAGAACAAAAAGUCCAAGAAACCUCCAAAACCUCCAAGAAAACUCCGCCAAACCCAUGGACGACGUCUCCCCCACACCAAUAGGAUGUUUUUUGGUCACAUUCAUUCCAAACAACUUUAUAGUAACUUGCUUUUUACUGAAAUAGUUGUAGUAUUUUGUUUUUUUAUUGAUGACAGAAGUUAUUCCCGAAGUGGUGACCGGAGGCGGGAAGAUUCUUACAGCAGGAACAGUGAUGCUUAUGAUCGAGGAAGAAGAAGAUACAGCCCCUUAAGUAACUCACGGUCAUAUGAUGACCCAAUUCGUGAAAGGCGAAGUGGACCAGAAUUCUAUAAACGUUCCAGGCGCCCUCCUACUCCUCCGCCCCCAAAUAUUUCUGACUAUAGGGUACCUGCCCUAACUCCACCACCACCUCAAGUAGAUCGCAGUAGUGGACCAACUGGAUUACUACUUAAACAAGUGGCUGAUUGUACGAUACAGAGUUACAGUGAUGAAGAUCUGGCCCAUGAGGUCAUCAGUCUACUGUUGAAGUCCCUCACAGAAUUCUACCAGAAAAAAGAAUCAUACAGUUCUGUUCAUUUGAUAACAGAAACAGAGAUGAAAUGCAACAUACUGAAAGAGCUUCAGAAACGUUCACAAGGAGACCAAUCAACACCAGACAGUAUAGAAGACUUUUUUUCAACUAAUCAUAAAUACAGUUACUAAUUAUACUUAUGCACUUAAGUUAUUUCCAGGAAGAGGACAUCCAGGUAUCUAAUAUACAAUAGCACGAAAUUAAAUGUAAAUGAAUGAUAUUUGUAUUUAUCAUUCCUUCAGCAUUUUGUAAAUAAAUUUAAGGUAGUGAAUAAUUUUUAGUAACGCUUAUUGAACAUUUACAUCUCACAAAAGAUUACCAGUUUUUCAUUAAUUUGGUAAUAUAUUAAGUAUAAAUUAGUCAUUACAACUAAGAUUGUUAAUGUUUCUACUAAGAGUAUUUCCAUCCCUCUGCAAGUCAGAAAUAGUAAAAUUUGUGUAAUGUAGACUAUUUACCAUGGACACACAGUACAGGUCUUGCAGAUAUCCACUUAUUUUACUGAGAAAUCAUGUAAGCAAAACUGAUAGAGAUGGUAAAGUAAUUUUUUUAUAAUGGACUCUGUGUAGGUAUAAAAUAGCCUUUGGCAGCUAGCAUGCAGCAUUGGUAUUGGAAAACUGCAAUAUUUUAUAAAAAGCAAACGUAUUACAUGCUUCUAACUACUAUAUCUUUAUUUAAAAAUAAUUUAGAACUUGAGCAAACACUCCUUGAAUUAAUCACUAAUUUUUGCAACUUCAAACAUUUGCAGUGGAAUAAGGUGUGCAGCAGACUUGCUACAGUUCUUACACUGCCCUUGUUGGUAUGCUGGGGGUGAAAAUAGAGUGCACAGAGAGUGGAAACUUGAGUUGCUACAGUUUUUUCAUAAUACACUUAUCAUACCAUUAUGCAUUACAAGUUUAUAAUACCCCUCUAGAAGUUGUUACUGUAUAAUAAAAGCAAUGCUCCAAUGAACCAGUUAUGGUAAUCUUUUUGGUAACUAAGCAUUGUUCAAAAAUUUUAAUGUGCCUUGGAGAUUUAAAAAAAAAAAUCGGUUUUCUCCAAAAUUUCUAUCCGAAGAGCUAGUACAGUGUAUAUAAUUAUAGUUCUUAACCAUGUAAUAUUUCCUUUCAAGCCUAAGAGGCCUGAUCUGAGACCAGGAUGUGGGCAAAUGGUUAAGAAUAAUACUAAAUGAUGUAAUUAUAUUUAUAUGCAUGAAGAGCACUUUGGGACUGGAAAGCAAAAAUCAAGAUUUGAUUCAAGAAAAGGAAGAGUAUUCUGUCUUUCACUGGCACCAAGACACCUCCCUUGAAAGGUGUAUGUUUAGAUUCAAGCAAAAUUUUAACCUUUAAUGGAUAUAUAGAUUAUUUUUAAGAUUGCAAUAAGAGUAAUACAUGUACUUGGUUACUUGAAUUAUUAAUGUCCGAUCAAAUUACCUCAUAACUUUGAAAAUGUUUUAUCUAUAUUCACAUACCUUACUGAAAUUUCCUGUUUAUACCAAAGUAUAGUUAGCAACAUACUUUAAUUUUUAAGAUUUUUUUUUUAUUUGUGCAAAAUUUAUUUAAUUCAUUUGAUGUAGAAUCCAUAUUAUAAUAAGUGCUAAACCCAAAUGAGUCAUACAGCACUAGAAUCCAUAAAAAAAAAAGCUUAGCAAAAAUAAUUUCAGUGUACAGUAAUAAUAAAGAUAAGUGCUGAA